AUAAUAAGCUAUCAGCGACUGGAUUCAGUUACUACCAAAGGAAAGAGCAUCCACUUCCACAACAAGCAUUAACUCUGCCAACUACCUCUAAUAAAAGCUGUGCUGCACGGUUAUAUCGAACCUAGACGAGCUGAUAGUCGGACCGGUGCUAAGGUCUGUCCGUGAUUUCAAACCUAAACACAGUCAAAGACGCAACCAAUUGCAGGCAUUCAGGCGCUACUCAGUGUGAAAGAUCUGCCGGCGACACUGCUGUGACUAUGAAGACUAUUCUCUGGGUUUCAGUUCUAUGUGUCUGUCUACUUGUCAGUUUAUCAAACUCAACGACAACAGAUGAGGAGACACAGGGGUAUGACCCGACCGAAUACAGUCGUCUGUUAGAGCUGUUGAUGGGAUGGACACUCACAACACCAUCUCCGCCACUUUCCAUGACAACAUUACCUCCCCUGGACAACCUAGGGGGUACAAUCGUGCAUAAAGGUUACAGGGAAUCGGGAGACAAUAAAGAAGAGCUAUUUGAACCGGAAACUGACGGAAUGGACAACAAAAGCCCAUCAGACAGUGAGAAUGACGUUGUGACUGGUUUUGUUGAAAAUUCACCAUCCGAAAAUCAGAUAGACGAAGUGCUUGACCGUAUUCAUGAUGAUAGUUCUUCAGUUGAAACUGACAAGAGAGGACUGAGUAGUUUGGGUGGAUUUUCUCUACAUGGAUAUAAACGAGGACUUAAUUCUCUCGGAGGUCUAAAUCUGCAUAAUUUCGUAAAGCGUGGACUAAACUCCUUGGGGGGUAUGUCAAUCCACAAUUUCAAACGUGGAUUGAGUAAUCUCGGUGGAAUGUCUUUACACAGUUAUUACAAGAGAGGAUUAGAUUCUUUGGGCGGGUUCGGACUCCAUAAUUAUAAAAGAGCCCUCAGUUCCCUUGGUGGGUUCUCACUUCACGGUUAUAAGCGAGCGUUGAGUUCUCUUGGAGGAAUGUCAUUACACGGAGGCCUCAAUAAACGACCACUCAGCAAUCUCGGCGGGAUGUCUCUCCAUGGCGGAUACUCAAAACGAGGGCUUAGUUCCCUUGGUGGUAUGUCUCUUCAUGGGGGAUUUUCAAAACGCGGUCUAAGUUCUCUCGGUGGUAUGUCGCUUCACGGUGGAUACUCAAAACGAGGCCUAAGUUCCCUUGGUGGUAUGUCGCUUCAUGGUGGAUACUCAAAACGAGGCCUCAGUUCUCUCGGUGGCAUGUCGCUUCACGGCGGAUAUUCAAAACGAGGCUUAAGUUCUCUUGGUGGUAUGUCACUUCAUGGCGGAUUUUCGAAACGAGGCUUAAGUUCUUUGGGCGGUUUCAGUUUACAUGGGUACAAGAGAGGCCUCAGUACCCUAGGUGGAAUGAGCCUUUACAACUACAAAAGAGCUAUCAGUAAUUUAGGUGGUUACAAUCUUCCGGGACUACCUUACGUUAAAAGGGACUCGGCGAUAUCCGAAAGUGGCGAAACAUCCAAACAUAAGCGAUCAGUUACAGAUGAUUUAGAUUCAAAUAGCCAACAUGGACAUUUGUGAAAUUUUCCAAUUUUGUUAUAGAGAUUGGGUUUUUAGUUCUACAUAUCAAGUAAUAUGAAUCCAAGGUCAUAAGCAAGUAAAUGUGACUUUAAUUGAUUUAAAGGCGCAUAUUUUCUGUUUUCCGUCCCAAUUUGGUAUUUCCAUUGUUUUAUUUCGAGAAAAAAAUGGGCUUCUUCCGAUAUUGUUCACAUCAAUAACGCUGUGUUUUAUGCUUCUGUUCGAAAUAUGACACAUGCUAUUGACAUUGUAGUUGUACAGACGUCACUGGAAGUCGCUGGACAGAUCAACGUUAAUCAGACUUUUAAUAAAUUCAUAUUUCAACACUUUGAUUUGUUUCUUUGUAUUGCUAGAUUACAAAUAAUAAAUUCCUUUUUCAUUA